AUUUUUUUGUAUCUGGGACUGGGAUUCUGGAGGUCCGAGCAAGGGUUUCAUACUCAAUCGCGCAAGACAUGGACCAAUUAGGUGAGCAACUAUGCGAGGCGGCGAAGAGUGGCGCCGACCCGAACGAACUGAGAGGUCUGAUCGAGUCCGGAGCGGACGUGUCUUAUUUCGACGGGCACGGCCUCACUCCGCUCAUGCAUGCAUCCAAGCACGGCCACGCCCACGCUGUCAAGAUCCUUCUCGAAGCCGGCGCGCCCUGGAAUGCUCUCUCCCCCUCCAAUCUCUCCGCUGGCGAUUUUGCUAUGGAAGCUGGCCACCAGGAAGCUUUUGAUACACUCCUCAAUGCCGGGAUCCAGGCUGAAUUGGUCCUCGGAACAAUUGCAAGAACAGAAAAUAAAAAUGGUAAUCUUGAUGUAGAUUACUUGGAAGAUAGGGUUAUUUUUAGUGAGGAUAAGCUGAUGGACUCUGACAGUAAGGCUGUCAUGAUGGCUUGGGAGAAACCUUUAAUGGAGGCUCAUGCCAAAGCAGUUUGCUCAGGAGGUGGCAACAUUCUGAACAUUGGAUUCGGAAUGGGUCUUGUGGAUACUGCCAUUCAGCAAUAUGCGCCUGUCAAGCACACUAUUAUUGAGGCUCACCCAGAAGUUUAUGAACGAAUGCUUCGUACUGGCUGGGAUGAGAAGGAUAAUGUAAAGAUAAUAUUUGGCCGUUGGCAAGAUGUUCUUCCUCAACUUGAAUCUUAUGAUGGUAUUUUCUUUGAUACUUACGGAGAGUAUUAUGAAGACCUGAGAGAGUUCCACCAACAUCUUCCUGUGUUGUUGAAGCCUGGGGGAAUCUACUCAUUCUUCAAUGGCCUUUGCGGAGGUAAUGCAUUCUUCCAUGUUGUCUACUGUCAUUUAGUUUCUUUGGAACUGGAGAAUUCGGGCUACUCCACGCAGUUAAUUCCGUUGCCUGUUAAAGAUUGCUUAGGAGAAGAAGUUUGGGAAGGUGUGAAACAAAAAUAUUGGCAACUCGAUACAUAUUAUCUUCCUGUUUGCCAGUCAAUACAAGAUUCUGAGUGAUUCUUAUUUUGUUUUUUUAAAGAUAUUUGGGGAAGUGCUGAUAACAAGUUGCAAGUCAUUAUCGUUUAAUGCUUGCAUUAUCGUGUGGUUUUUUAGUUUGUAGGGUUAGGAUCCCGUAACAGAUAAUCAUGAUAAAAUUUUCUUCAUAUCAGAC